AUGACCGCGAGCACCGACACACCACCAGCUUCGGAAACAAAUCCAUCGACGAAGGCCCCCGAUGGCGAGACCACCCAAAAUGAGAAUAACCACGCUUCAGGAUCUCGUCUGGCGCUGAUUAUGACGGCGAUUCUCUUGGCCAUGUUCCUUGUUGCUCUGGACCGUACAAUUAUUGCAACCGCUGUUCCGCGCAUCGCAAAUCAAUUCCACGCCUUGAACGACAUUGGCUGGUACGCGGGCGCCUACCUGAUCACCAGCGCUGCCACUCAACUGCUGUGGGGGCGCAUCUAUACUUUCUACAACACCAAGCUCGUUUUCAUUAUUGCCGUCGUUAUCUUCGAGGUUGGCUCCGCGCUUUGUGGUGGAGCUCCCAACUCGAACGCGUUCAUUGUCGGCCGCGCAAUCGCAGGAAGUGGUUCGGCGGGCAUUUUCUCGGGUGCGACUGUCAUCAUCACCCAGAUCAUUCCUCUUGCAAAACGGCCCAUGUAUAUCGGCUUUAUGGGCUCAACCUUUGGCGUUGCCUCAAUCGCUGGGCCCCUCGUGGGAGGUGCUUUCACGGAUAGAGUGACCUGGAGAUGGUGUUUCUAUAUCAAUCUUCCCAUUGGCGGGUUUACCCUCGCGAUUCUCGCCUUGUUCCUCCGUGUUCCCAAAGUCACAAACUCUGAUCCAUUGUCUCGUCAGUUGAUCCGUCUCGAUCCUUUGGGCACCCUUGUGUUCUUGCCGGGAAUCAUCUGUUUCCUCCUCGCUCUCCAAUGGGGCGGGAACGACUAUCCGUGGUCAAGCGGCCGGAUCAUCGCGCUGUUCGUGGUGGCUGGCGUUCUCAUUAUUGCGUUCGCGAUCAUCCAGGUCUGGCGGCAGGAAGAUGCGACUAUUCCACCGCGCAUCAUCCGCCAACGCAGCGUUUUCUUUGGCGCCAUUUUUGCACUCUGCAUCGGAGGAGGCAUGAUUUCCAUGCUCUACACGCUGGCAUUAUGGUUUCAGGCCACCAAGGGAACCUCGGCGGUCCAGGCUGGCAUUGACACAAUCCCCGUCGUGCUGUCCCUGGUGAUCGGGUCCAUUUUAUCGGGUGCCAUGAUUUCCCGGUUGGGAUACUACGUUCCCUUCAUGUAUCUCUCGAACGUGCUGACAUCUGUUGGGUCCGGCUUAAUCACCACCUUUACAUCAUCCACGGGUCAUUCCGCGUGGAUCGGGUACCAGGUCCUGUAUGGCCUGGGACUCGGUGUCGGCAUGCAACAGCCCAGCAUGGCCGCGCAGACAGUGCUACAGUGGAAAGACGUCUCCAUCGGCGUGUCCAUCAUGUUCUUCAUGCAAUCGCUAGGUGGCUCGAUCUUCAACUGCAUUAGCCAGGCCCUGUUUACCAACUACAUCCGGGCGCACCUCGCCGCGAUCCCUGGUCUGGAUGCGGAGAAGGUUCUGGCCACGGGUGCUGCAGAGCUGUCCAAAGUUAUUCCUGCAGACAGGUUACCCCAGGUGGUAUAUAUUUAUAAUGAGGGCCUACGGAGGGCGUUCAUCGUCGUGCUCGCCGUGUCCUGUCUAACCAUUUUGCCCGCGCUUGGUAUGGAGUGGCGAUCGGUUAAGCAAAAGCGGGAACAGAUGAAGCAAGAGCAUCAGCCCGAUACUAAGGAUGAGCCCAGUACUAAAGAUGAAGUCUGA